CGAUGCAUAACUUCGCGCAGUUGUAGGUCGUGACUCGCAUCAUGCAAUCUACACUCAUGUCAUUAUGGCUAAUUCUACGAAAGCUGCAGCAAUUGGAUGAACUUCUUGUCGUACGGUUCCAUACCGUAUGAAAUUUCGAUUUGCACUGUCUACAUCAUGCGCCUUUACGCUCUCUAUGGGUGUAAUAGGAAAAUUCUUGUUUUCCUUUGCAUCUUCUACGUAGGUGUCAUCUCAAGCGAGAGCACGAUUAUUGGUAUCAUUGCACACGACUCUGUAUUCGAACCGCUGCCAGGCCCUCUGCAAGAAAUCACAGGCUGUAUACCGAGUGGUAUCAAGCCGUGGGCGUGGACGUUUUGGUUGCCGAUGUUGACGUUCGAAACCCUGCUGUUAGUCCUCUCGCUCUUCAGAUCAAUGCAGUUGAUCUUCGAAGACAGACGGCCGGCCAUAAUCUAUGUUCUGCUGCGGGACUCGGUGAUCUACUUCGGAGGUGUCGUGCUUGCCAUUGUCACAAACGUGGUUGGGUGGAAAGUAGCCGGGAAUGGAUUAUUCGCGGCAUUCUUCCCGGUAGCAAUAAUGGCAUUCUCCGUCCUGGCAUCAAGGCUACUGCUCAACAUGCAUGAUGCCGUCGAUCCUUCAAAUCGGUUCCUACAAGCCACGGCAUAUGGUACCCGGUCUACGACCACGAACGGUGACCUGCCUACUCAUGGCACAGCGUCCAUACAGUUUGGACGGAACAGCGCGGUCGACCCGGAGGGAAUGUCGGAGGCAGACGUUGAGCUCUCAAACCUCUGACUCGCAGAUGUCAUACUCUGUGCUUGCAAGUACUUGAAGAUGGGUUAUAUUAUGUUGUGAUUCAAAGGACUGACUUCCUGGCUAUGUGCGUUCUCGCUUGA